GAGAGCGUCUACCUUGCCCCGCGAGCCCGCGGCUACCUGUCCUUCGGCCGCAGCCCCUGCGGAAACCGCCACUCCUUCGUCACGGUCCGCGUCACCGGACCCGACGCCAGCGACCUCGCCGUUUACGGGGAUUGCAAGGGCGAGUGCGCCGUCGUGGGCAGUGGAGCCAUACAGGACAUCGGCCACGACAUGUACGUCAUGGAGAUGAUGUCCAGCCUCGGCAUUUCUACCGAGUGGGCUGGCUACCCCAUGGGAGACCUUGGUCAAGAAAGUAAGUUCGUGUGUUAUGACGGCGGCGGAUUCUACCGCGGCAAGAUCCGCGCUACUGCCCUGGCAUUCGCCUCACUCCUCAACUACGUCUACCUGGACUCGUUCGAGAACAAUGGGAGUCUAUGGGGCCCCUUGAAGGUGCUAUGA